AAGCACUGCCCACGUCGGUCAUGGGGAUCCCGGGAAUAGCUUCCCCUUUGCCUUCUCCGGCCUUGGACGCUAGAUAUCUGGCUCGUAGGAAGCUGUUCUGGAACCUCUUGGAGAUCGGAGCGGAUGGACGUGAGCAGGAGCAAGUGGAAGCGUGAAAAGAGCCAGCGCGAAGAGCAGCAGGAGAAAGGAGGAGAUCGCCAUUGCCAAGGCUGUUUUUCGAUCGAGCACCCGAGCCGCCGAAGACAGAACUUAUGUGAGGCGAUGCCAGCACCAAAGGCAGAUGGUAGACGGUCUCAUCAAAACCGAAGCUUACAUUUUGCCCGCCAAAUGGUUGACUGAUCAGAUCGAGCUUAUUCUUAUUUGCAGCUCCAGGUGAAAGACUACCAAUCUAACAAUUGUUGAAACAUUGGAUGUUCUUUAUUUCCUUCUCGUUUAUGAAAUCUAAUGGUUCUGAAUAUUCUAUGCGCUAUGUUGGUGGGAAGUUCACGAGUUUGCCACCACUUUUCAGAGCUCUUGUCCAGAAAGUCGGCGAGCCCCAGCACCAAUCUCUCGGUCUGUAUAUAUAUUAUUCGUUCGGUAUAAUGUUCUGAAAGCUAUGUUGAGGAGAACGCCAUGACACGGCAAACGCUAGUUCUUCUCGUCUGCUCGGUGUUUUUACUCGGCCUGUCCAACUCGGAGUACUACUCAGUCGACACUUUCGGUGGUAACGGGUUUUCAAAAGGACUGAGGUUUGGAUUCUAUGCAGCUACUUGUCCAAAAGUGGAAACCAUUGUCCGGGAGUCUUUCACUAGCAAUAUCUUUCGAGACCCGACUGCUGCCGGUGCUCUCAUUCGUUUGGCGUUCCACGAUUGCCAAGUCGGGGGCUGUGACGCGUCCAUCCUGCUCAGCUCCUCCGACUCGAUCACCAGCGAGCUCGUCUCCGAUAGAAACUUUGGAAUCCGUCGACUGGAUUUCAUUGACAGCAUCAAGAGCUCGCUCGAAGCGUCGUGCCCGGGUGUGGUUUCCUGUGCGGACAUCAUAGCCUUGGCUGCAAGAGACUCCAUCAGGAUCUCGGGGGGACCAAACAUUCCCAUACUCCUGGGACGAAGGGACUCCACAAGCGCCAGUAACUUAGCGGCCGAUCGAUCCAUUCCACUCCCAACUAUCAGCGUCGACGACACCAUCAGCCUGUUCCAGUCCAAAGGCAUGACGCUCCAAGAAACAGUGGCCAUUCUAGGUGCUCACACUGUUGGUGUUGGCCACUGCGUAAGCGUCCUGGAUCGACUGUAUCCAACGCAAGACCCCAACUUGCUCCCUCCUCGCUCAGCGCAGCUCCGAGCUCAGUGUCCUCCCACGCCGCCACAGCUCCUCAACAACAACACCUUCUUCGCCAAUGACUUCACCAACGUGUUCUUCGACAACCAGUACUUCCGAGACAUUCUCAAUGGGCAGGGGCUGUUUGGAAUCGACUCAAAGAUCGCGCUUGACAAGAGAACCUCCCGGAUUGUCUCCAUGUUUGCGACGAACCAGGCGUACUUCUUUGCGGUCUUCUCCUCGGCGUUUAAUAAGAUGCUGGCGUCCAACGUUCUCACGGGUAGCAGUGGAGAGAUUAGAAGAGAUUGCAAGGUUGUCAACUCGUAAGUAGAUCAUCGAAGUUUAAAGUUCUUUGCUAUGGUUGCUAUGA